ACCUGCUUUUACAACGAAAUGGCGAAACCAACCAAAUUAUUUGAAGAAGAAGAACGUUUGUGAUUCUUUGAUUUUAUUGGCAAUACAAUAUACCCCUCUACUAAGAAUAUACUUAUAGUUAUAAUAGUGCAGACGAGAAUUAUGGACAAGAAGAUACAAUCAUUGUUUUGAAUAUUUUUUCGUUUUCGUGUUGUGCAUUCUUUCGUGUAAACAAUAUGUUGAUGAUUGGAACUGAAAAAAUGAUACACGUUGAACAUAAUUAUUUCGCAAAUUAUGAGAAAUCCAAAGGAGAUAUUCUUAAAUUCAGAAAAAUUCCUAAUAAAGAAAACUACAGUGAUAUGACCGUUUCAGUAGACCUCGACUAUUCUUCUUUGAAAAUGAAAAAGAAAAAGAAACACAAGAUGAAGAAAGUUUAUAAAAUUGCAAAUAUAAAUUGUCUUCGAAAGAAAAAUAAACGAAAGUUAUUGAAUGCGACUAAUAGAUUCCAUCAAAUGCAUAUUUCAUUUUCGGGUGAACCAAACCAUAUAAACGAAAGUUUAUACUCUCAAAGAGAUGGAAUUAACUGCACAAAUGAUUCGAAGACAAUCAUUCCACAAUUGGAGGAGGGGGAAUGGCAAGAAAAUAGUAUGAUAAUGGAAAUCAAAAAUUCAAACAUGAGAGUCGAGAAUGAAGAAUUAUGCAAAGACGAAGAAUUAUGCAAAGAGGAAGAAAAAUACAAUUCUGAUACGGAUGAUUUCCAUUGUGUGACCAAAUCAUUCCUACACGACUCACUCAAUAAUUGUUCAUGUGAAAUGUGCUCAUUAUUUAUUCAGAACGGAGACUAUAGUGAUAUAAUUCAUCCAAACGAUCUACCACUUUCUUCUAUGCUUCCGAAGGAAAUUAAUGAUGAUAUGGAAAAGACUAGGAAGGAAGUAGACACUCUUCUUGAGUUGGUAGAUACAUUCUAAUCUAAUUCUUCAUUUAGAAGACGAGGAUUUCAUAAAAAUUCCAAUUGCAAAAAAAAUACUUAUUGCAUCUUCCAGAUUAUCAUGAAGAUUAUACAUUUUUUUAUAACAAUGUGAUGAAAUAAGUACCAAACGAAUAUUCAUUUGUAUAUAUCAAACUCCACUCUUUUUAUUUAUUUUAGUUUGUAUAAUGUUUCUUAAAAAAACAUUCAUUAUUGUAUCCCUCUAUUAUUAUGUAUAAAUAAAUAAGGUUUUAAGAAUUA